AUGAACGGCAUCAGAAGGAGCUUCUGUAUUGCUGGUUUUCUGUCACGCCUGUGGUUGAUCUGCCCUAUUCUUGCCGUUGAUGUGCGACUAAUUGAACGCCACCAUUGGAAUGACACGUCUCUGGUUCAGCUUGUGGAGAAUCUGCGUCAAGUGAUUGUAGUACAACCACAGGAUCCCACAAGAAAAUCAUCGAAGGAUGAUGACAAAAAUAAUAACAUGACAUUGACAUUUCCCUUGCCGUGUGCCUACGAGCAAUCACUGGGCCAUGACGACUAUCACCACUACUACAAGUACUGGAUUCAAGAAUCGACAUCGUCCUUGUUGGCCGCCAAAGCGCUUGCCAAAACAGCGCGCAAGACACGUCCGCGCUUGGAUGAUUUUGCCUGGGACAUGAUGGAUGCUCUCUUGCUACAACCAGAACAACUGAAUAAGAAGGAGGAUGGAGGAACCACUUCCAGCAGUUGGUUCUUUCAAUCUCAAGGACUCUUGCCAAAAUAUUGGUACAUUGCCACAAAAGAGCAGCAAGAACAGCACGAAGUAUUACCCAUGAGAAUUGAACUGGAAGCUGUCACAAACAAUACUGCCAGUGGGGAACGGUUUACUCAUCCACCCUAUGUGCAUGGGACACGGUUCCCUCAUUGGUCUUUGUUUGCUGGCAACACAAAAGAUCUCAAUGUCACACUUGAUCUGGAUGGUAGUAGUCUGAUGCAAUCAUCGCAUCGACUAUCCGCCAUUCCGUUGCAUGCUUCCAUGCUGUGGGGAAUGGUCUUGGCCGUCAUUCCACCUGAACAAGACAAAGACAACAACAAUCCACAAGAUUUCUUACGACAACAGAAUUCCCAGCCAUCACAACAUCAUCGCCCCUACUCGUAUGUCUACAAGGAAAAUCCCAAAUGGUGGGAUCGAGUAUACGCCUACUAUCAACGCAUCUUUCGGCAUCAUGCGUAUCUCCAUCAAGUGGUCAUGCGGGGAUGUUCACAAAAACAGAAACAACAACAGACAUCGUCCGUCCCUUGUUACAAUAUUCUUCAUCCCUGGGAAAGUUUGAUCGAUCCCACGUCGCCCACUUGGGCCACUGCACUGGCACCCAUUAUGAGGCGGAUUCAACAAGAAUCCUGGACGCCGCCCUUUUCCAUUCCACGUCAAGUCAGAGAAUCCUAUGACUUUCCCAAACAAAAUCCACUCGUCUAUGAUGCCAUGAUUUACUUGUUGGUGGAAGGAUGGAAUACCGUCAAUAUUUCAAAGGCAUGUCCCGCCAACGAAACUACUAACCAUGGCACUCCUUCCGCGUGUGGGGAAGAUGCCAUUUGGAAUGCCACUUCCUCGUUUGCCAUGCUGGAUGUAGGGUAUGCCGCGGUAUUGGCGCAAGCCGACGAUGAUUUGUAUCGAUUGGCACAAAUCUUGGAACGGGUGCUACCCGAUGCGUCGUUGUCGCAACAAAUGUCAAUACUCGAAACGUGGCAAUUGGACAAUGCGCGUCUCUUGCAACAAGUCUUGUGGAAUCCACAGUAUCAAACGUACAUGUCCAAGUACUACAAUAGCCAACAACAGAAGAUGGAAUGGUUGGAUACUGUCGCCGUGUCCAACAACUUGUUGCCCUUUUGGAAUGUGGCGGCCACGGGGGAUAUUGUGGACGCUGACGACAACAGCGCCGAUGAUGAUGACCUUAGUGGCAACAAAAAGCGGAAACAGAAAAGGCAACCCAACAGUGGCAAGAUGGAACAUGACGACAAUGAUGAUGAUCCAGCCAACAGCAAGAAGCUGAGUGCCUUGGCACGUGAACACUGGCAAGAUCUUUCGCUCCAACUGCUGCGACGGGAUGGACGCUUUGCAUUUGAUUGUGGAAGCUUUCCUAUUUGGUCCAUGGGGUGUCAAGACAGCGUGGGCCACAAUGAGUCGCAUCCCAUCAUUCAGCCCAUUGUAAACUAUCUUGUUUCCAGUGGUCUGUUUCAAAGCGACAAAAUGGAGAUCUUUUCCAACUAUCUCUCUGGACAGUCCUUGUCGCUCUUUGUCAGACCCAACAUGGAUAUUGACAGCACUUCUCGUCGUGGCCCCACUUACUUUGGAGAAGCUUUUGGUGUGGAAACUCCCUACCCCAAUCUCGCUGCCUGCGAUAUCUGCGGUAACACUUCGACCAUCACAGCAGCGAUUGUCUACAACUUUCGUUCUCCCGAUCCUACCCAUGCGAAUCGGCUGCCAUUGCCACCCAUCCGUCGGAGCUGGGUGAUCACACUGGUUACUAUUGAGCUCUUUGUCGCCUUUUCCAUCGGAGUGUCUUGUUUGGUUGUGAGCUUUAGCCUAGUGCGAAAGCUUCAGCGCCUGGUUGAUGAAGAAGAGUUGGUGGGUUGGGAGGACGAAACCAUGUCAAAUGGGGCUGUUGUUGGCGGGUCCUAUUAUGCUUCGACUGCUACAAACGAAGAUGCACCCGAGGUAUCACCAGCCGUUGCCGCAACCACUAGCGGAACGUCACCACUUUUGGACACGAAAGAUAACGCAACCACUGGAUCGGCGACAGAAACAGCAAUGGGAGCCCAGUCUUUCUUCAGUAGCAUUGGUCUGAACUAG